UCAUCCUCCAAUUCAAUGAAACUCUCUUUUCAAAACUAGCCGUUAGUUAACCUUAUCUCACUCUUCUCUCUCUCUCUCUCUCUCUCUCUGUAUUCUGAAACACCAUGACAACCUCGUUGGACACAGCUUCUCCUUCUCCUCUUCACAUCAAACAGGAUGAUACAAACGUUGUUAAUUCUUCUUCUCCUCAGUUCACUCCAUCUUCUGAUAAACGCUUCUGGAGCACUCUCCGUUGUAGAAUUGACUCGCUUCUCGAUAAACGCGGUCAACCCAAAAUCUCAGAUAAUGAAAGAGGAAAGCAAUUGAAGGAAGAUUCGUUGUUACUCAUAAGAGGGUUUGAUUCAGUUUCUAAUACACUCUCUCUUUUGUCUAAUAAUUUGGAUAAUGCCUUACAAGGUGCAAGAGAAUUGGGGAAUCCACCCACAUUAACUGAUAUAUUCAAAAGCAAAAUUGAUCAGUCAGAAAACAAUGGAGAAGAGGAAGAGAAAGAGGAGUCAAAACAGGGAGUAAAGAGGAAAAUUGAUGAAUUCUAUGAAGAAAAUGUUACAGAGUCACAAACAGAAAAUGGGGGAAAAAUGCAUGAAAAGCAUAUCAAGAAAGCAAAAAAUAUUGCAGUUUCCAUGGCAAGCAAAGCAGCUACACUUGCAAGAGAAUUGAAGUCUCUUAAAUCAGAUUUAUGUUUUAUGCAAGAAAGAUGUGGUCUGCUUGAAGAAGAGAACCGAAGACUGCGUGACGGUUUCGCUAAAGGAGUCAGGCCUGAGGAAGAUGAUCUGGUGAGGCUUCAGCUGGAAGCACUUCUUGGUGAGAAGGCAAGACUAGCCAGUGAAAAUGCAAAUCUGAUGAGAGAAAACCAAUGCCUUCACCAGCUGGUGGAGUACCAUCAACAUACUUCACAAGACCUCUCUGAGUCAUAUGAGCAAGUCAUCCAAGGAAUGUGCUUGGACUUCUCAUCUCCGCCGCGCUCAAUAUCCGGAGAAGAGACCAGGGAUGAAGAUGGUGAUGAUGAUGAUGAUGACAAAUAGAGAAUUUUGAACACCAAAGAACCAUCUCUCUAGUAACCAUUUCUACAAGUUCUCUGAUGAACUUGUGAUGAUGGAGAAGAACCUACCAUCACCAUCUCUUGUAAACCAAUUUUUUUAGCACCAUCAUAACAUUCCCUCUGUAAUGAUGCUGCAAAUAUUCAUUGUAUUACCGCAGAAAAUAAUGAUCUUAUCUUCCUACUAAUGUGACAAUGGUUCUAAAUGUGAUAAUAAUAUUAGUAGUGUCCACUCCACCACUAUUAUAAUGUGACAA